AUGGGGUUCGGCGUGGUGUCCCUCCUCAACGCGGUGUUCCGCCGGGCCUUCACCUCGGCCGGCCUCCGGCCCAGCUCCGUCGCCGUCGACGCCGACACCACGCUCCACUUCUGGGCCCACCCCUCCCUCCUCUCCUCCCCCGACGCCGAGUCCAAGCAGCGGCAGCAGCAGCGGGGGCGGCGGCCGGUGGUGGUGCUGAUCCACGGCUUCGGGCCGGACCCGACGUGGCAGUGGGCGGCGCAGGUGGGCCCGCUGUCCAAGCACUUCGACCUCGUCGUGCCCACGCUGCUCUUCUUCGGCGCGUCCACCACGCGGGCCCCGGGCCGCUCCGACGCGUUCCAGGCCGCCGCCAUCGCCAAGCUCCUCGCCAGCGACCGCCUCGGCGGCGUCGGCGAGGAGGGGCGCGUCGUGCACCUCGUGGGCACCAGCUACGGCGGGCUGGUGGCGUACCACCUGGCGCGGGCGCUGCCGCAGGGCGGGGGAGCCGGAGCGUGGACGGUGGGGAAGGUGGCGGUGUGCAGCUCGGACCUGGCCAAGGGGCCCGAGGACGACCGGGCGCUGGCGGCCAAGGGCGGCGUGGCGGACGUGACGGAGCUGAUGGUGCCGGCGGACACCAAGGCGCUGCGGCGGCUGAUGGACAUCUGCGCGCACGGCCCGCCCAAGUACCUCCCCGAGUGCCUCGCCCGCGACCUCCUCCGGAAGUGUUUCGCGGUCCAGAGAGAGGGGAAGAUCGAGCUGAUCAAGGGGAUCGCCUCCGGGCACGGCUUCCAGAUCACUCCUCUCCCCCAGGAGGUGCUGAUCGUGUGGGGCGAGUUCGACCAGAUCUUCCCGGUGGCCAAGGCGCACAAGGUGAAGGAGAAGCUCGGGGAGAAGGCGACGGUGAGGAUCAUCCCCGACACGGGCCACCUGCCGCAGCAGGAGGACUCCAAGCUCUUCAACCAGAUCCUCCUCGACUUCCUGCUGCCUCCGCCUUCCUCCUCCAAUGGCGCCGCCGCCGCCAAGUAG